AUGCCGUGGCCCGAAAUGACGGGACCGGGUCGCAUCGGCCUGGACGUCGACGAGGCGGUGGGGGCGGAGGAUGUCAUCGGAAAAGAUAGGGACGGGGUGAACAAGGUGGACAAGGAGCUUAGCCAUGGAGAUGAAGUCGGCAACUGGGGGGAGGACGAGGACGAGGAGGAGAAUGGGGCCCACGAUUGGCGACAGGGAAUGCGCACUACGCAUAGCACAGCAGACUGCCGGCCGGACUGCAAAAGAGACAAGCCGUAG